GUGGCUAAAAAGAGUUUGGAGCCAUGGCGUGGGAUCUUAGCGACAAGGAGGAAAGGAAGACUCUAAUGAAACAAUUAGGAUUUGAAUACCGAGAGAAAUGUCUGCGACAAAAAACCCUAAAGAUUGUCAUUAUCUGGCCCACUUUUUGGAAACAGUGAACAAAGACGUAGCCAAAGCUGCGACCUUAUUGCGGAAGACGUGCGACGACCACAAAUAUGGCGAUAGCUGUCAUAAAUUCGCCAGUCUUGUACGAAGUGGAAUUGCAGGCAUCGACCCGAUCGUGAGCGUUGAUUACGAUCGCAAGGGAUGCGAUUACGGCCACGCGAAAUCCUGUUUUCACGCAGCAAUGGCUAUUGUUUCGGAUGCUUAUGAUGGUGGACCAAUAUUGAGCAAGAAAGUCGAACCCAACGACCCUUUGGAGGUCGUCAACUUACUCGAUCGGGGAUGCGAUCUCGGCUGCGAUAACAGCUGUUACCUGGCCGGCGGAUUGUAUCUGGUUGGAGUGCCUGGCAUCCUGGAAAAGAAUGUAUCCGUCACGUACAGGUACGAUUUAAAAGCGUGCCAGUUAGGCAAUCAGAUCGCUUGCGCCAACCUCAGAGGCGCCCUACCCGUAGAAUGUCCAGGUCACGACAAUCCAAUGUCGAAUGGAUUUCUUAUCAGGCGAUUGCAGUUGAAGAUUCGUAACGAACGGUUAAGGAGAGAAUAUUCAAACUCCUUGUAAGGCGGGUAAGACAAUUCAAAUUUGUGUGACACUAAAGGAAAUAAUUAUUUAACAUAUUGUUACACAACCACAAUAAAAACUGGGGUUUUUCAGAUCGA